UCCCGAUUCUUGUCUGUCUCCUUCCACUGGAAUGUCACCAUCACCCAGCUGGGGACUUUGGUCUGUUUUGUUCACUGCUGUACACAGCACAGUGCCUCCUUGCCUUCUGCCUCCACUGCCGCCAUCCUGGCUCAUCCCUGUUGCUGCAGAAGCCUCCUCCCCGGUCCUCCAGAAAUCCCCUCUCCACACUUAGUCUGA